AUGAACUGGUCCUCACUGCAGGACCUCCUGAGUGGGGUGAACAAGUACUCCACAGCCCUGGGGCGCAUCUGGCUCUCUGUGGUCUUUGUCUUCCGUUUCCUGGUCUACGUGGUAGCGGCGGAGCAGGUGUGGGCUGAUGACCAGCGGGACUUUGAGUGCAACACUCUCCAGCCCGGCUGCACCAAUGUCUGCUAUGACCAUUUCUUCCCCAUCUCACACAUCCGCCUCUGGGCCCUGCAGCUCAUCUUCGUCACCUGCCCUUCCCUCCUGGUGACCAUGCACGUGGCUUACCGGGAAGGCCGGAAGCAGAAGCGUAGGAAGACAGGAGCAGGGAAGAACAGCCAGCAGCUCCAUCUCAACCCAGGCAAGAAGCGGGGAGGCCUGUGGUGGACUUACCUGCUCAGCCUGGUCUUCAAGGCUUCCACAGAUGCAGCUUUCCUCUACAUCUUCCACCGGCUCUACACCAACUUCGACAUGCCUCGAGUCAUGGAGUGCUCUGUGCUGCCUUGCCCUCAUGUGGUCGACUGCUUCAUCGCAAGGCCCACCGAGAAGAAACUCUUCACCUACUUCAUGGUGGCCACCGCUACCCUGUGCAUUGUCCUCAACCUCUGUGAGAUAUCCUACCUGGUUGCCAAGAGGUGCUGGGAGCUUGCCACCCAGCACCAGACCAAGGGGCUCCCUAGCAAGCCAGUAGAGAACGUGACUAAUAGCUGGUCUCAUUCCACCCAGGAGAAGAACCAGGUUGUUAAUAUAACCUCCUCAGGACAGAUUACGUUCAGGACUGUCCACUUGAUAUAG